UCAAAAAAAAAAAAAAGCCAAAUCACAAGAAAAACCCCAAAUUCCAAGAAUUUCCAUCAAGAAAGUAGAGUUCAGCCAUGGCAGGAGAAGGAGAAGAAGGAAGAAAAAGAGCAGCCGAAGAAGGAGAAGAAGACAAGCCAUCGGCCGAAAAGGCUAAAACAGAGAGAGCGGGCGAACGUGCAGAAAUCAACAAAGCGGCAGCAGUCACGAAUUCUGAAGAAAAUAACAUAGAAGAAGAAAGAGCAGGCAAUGUUGAAAACAAGCAGCAAUCUUCAGGCACAAUUAAUUCUCAAGAAGAAAGCGAAGGCGAGAUUGAAAAGACGACAUCGGGCACAGGUAGUUCUGAAGAGAAAAGAGCGGUCCAAGGUGAAAGCAAGUCAUCAGCCUCGGAUCUUGAAGGAGAAAGUGCAGGAGAGGAUGGAAACACGCAGUCAGGCACAGAUGAUGAUCAAGAAGAAAGCACAGUCGCAGUUCAAGGAGAAAACAGGUCAUUGGCCACAAAUUCUGAAGGAGAAACAGCGAUCGAAGGUGAAAACAUGCAGUCAGGCCUAAAUGCUCGAGAAGAACGAUCAGUCGCGGUUCAAGGCGAAAACAGGUCACUGGCCGCAAAUUCUGAAGGAGAAAGAGGCGUCCAAUGUGAAGACCCGCCAUCAGGCCGAAAUCCUCGAGAAGAAAGUGUAGUGAGAGUUGCAGACAGCACAUCGUCCAGUGAAGGGCAAGAAGAAAGAGGCGAAGGUCAAACACAGCCAUUGCUCCCAAAUAGACCAAGUCAGCAGAGCAUCAAAACUGGAACUACUUUCACUGCCAGUGCACACAUAAUAACAGCAAUGAUAGGGUCCGGGGUUCUAUCACUGGCGUGUAGUCUGACUCAGUUGGGUUGGAUUGGUGGCACUCUUUUCAUGGUUUUUGUUGCUGGAAUCACAUAUUUCCAGUCUACUGUGCUUGCUGAUUGUUACAUAUCAUCAGAUGCCCGACACCCUAUUAACAGUACAUACAUGGAUGCUGUGAGAGAAAAAUUUGGUGUGACGGCUGCCUGGGUUUGUGUGUGCUUUCAGCAAGCAUAUAUCGUUGGGACUGCAAUAGCUUACAACAUUACAUCUGCCACUAGCAUGAGGGUCUUAUGGAAAUCUUUUGGUUGGGGUUCAAAUGGAAUUACUUACUUCUUGCUGAUGUUUGGAGGUGCUCAGAUAUUUCUAUCUCAGAUAUCGGACUUUUAUAACAAUAGAUUUUUAACCUUUCUGGCUGCAAUCAUGUCCAUUGUCUACACGCUUAUUGGAAUUCUUCAGAGUUCUCUCAAAUUGAUAGCAAAUAGAAAGACACCUGCAGGAAGAAUUAGAAGGCUUUCUAUGGUUUCGUCAUCUCAAGAAGUGUGGCAGAUCGCUCAAGCACUUGGGGCCAUAUUAUUUGCCUAUCCGUUCACAACAAUUCUAUUCGAGAUUCAGGAUACUCUUAAGCCACCAGAGAACGAGAGAAUGAAGAAAGCAUCGGCUAUCUCCCUCAGCAUCACCACAGUUUUCUACAUUCUUUCUUCAUGUUUGGAAUAUGCUGCCUUUGGAAAAGACACACCAGGGAGCCUGCUUGUUGAAUUUGGUCCUGACGGGCCUAACUGGGCAGUUAAAGUGGCCAAUUUUUGCAUUGUUAUUCACCUACUGGGAGGUUACCAGAUGUACAGCCAGACAGUUUUUUCAUGUGUGGAGGGAUCACUCCGCAAUUUUUUCCCCAGCAACGGAUUCAUAAAUAAUUCCCACCAUGUCAAUAUCCAGUUCUUGCCGCCUAUUAGAACUACUUUGCUGAGAUUAAGCUUCAGAACUCUAUUCGUGGCCGUGACAAUUGUGGUUGCAAUAAUAUUUCCAGAGAUUAAGAUUUUUAAUGGGGUACUGGGAGUGGUGGGUUCCAUCAGCUUCUGGCUCCUCGCGGUCUACUUUCCGGUGAAUAUUUACCUUGUGCAGAAGAAGGUAGAAGCCUGGACCAGAAAAUGGGUUGUGCUUUCGAGUUUCAGCUGUGCAAUGUUUCUUGUGUGCUUGUUUACUCUUGUUGGAUCAGUGGCAGCAGGGCUGUGAAUUUUUUUUAAACUUUUCUUGCUGUGGUAAAUGGAGUCAUUGAAGUAAUAGAGAAAUUCUUUGGAGACGAGUAAUCAUUGAGAUUCUGUACUGGGUUUAGAUGGGUUGUCUCAGGAUGGUAAAGGAUGUCAAUUGUACUUUGUUGUGCAUAGGGAAAUUCUUUCUAGAGGAGCAUUCGUUGAUUUUCUGUGCUGGGUUCAGAUGAGUUGUCUCAGGAUGGAAGAAUUGAUUGUGUACUCAACAGACGAAGCAAUUUGUACAAACAAAACAAUACUAAUAAAAUCAAAGAAGAUACUAUUG